AUGAUUAUAAAUAAAUAUUAUUUUUCUAUUUUCUUUUUAUUAAUUUUAAUUAACUUAAUUAAAUGUAAUAAUAUUUUUAAUAAUGAAGAUAUUAUUUAUAAGGGAAAAAAAGAAAACUCAAUAUCAUUAAAUAUUUAUUUGGCAUGUAAAAAUAAUCCUCAAUUAUAUAUGUGCUCAAAAAUAAAAAACUUUGAGGAUACUUCAAAAAAAUUGAAUUAUUUAAAAAAUACCUUAAUUUAUUCUUCAAUUAAAAAAAAUAAAAUGUUUAACAAAGUAAAUAUUGUCAACGAUGAUAAAGAAAUGGAAAUAAAACUUUCAAAAGAUAUUUUUAAAUGUUUUCAUGAAAAUUUUGAUAGUAUAUGUGGAAGAAAAAAGUGUUUUUGUUUGGAUUCAAAUGAUUAUAGUAAGAAAAUAUGUGAAUCAUGGAUAAAGGAAUGUUACAUGAAGGAAGAAAAAAGUAAUAAACGAAAAAAACAACAAAAUGUACGUCAAAUGGAUACGAAAAUAAGUGAUGAUGAUUCAAGAUCAUUGAAACUUUCCACACUAAAAGAAUUUUCAAAUUUUAUAGCUAAAGAUCAAACUGAUGUUCAUAAUGAUCUUAGUGCUAUGUCAAAUUUUCACAAGUUUGAUUCUUUAACUGAUCAAACUGGAGUUCUUCAUAGGGCUAGAUCACGCUCACCUUGGGUAAAGCCUGGACUUUGGGAAGCAAAUCCUGAUAAUCCACAUAACCGUGAUCAUGCUAAUAAAUGGUUUUAUUAUCCAAAAUCAGCGACAGCAGAUUGGUUAUCUGGUCAAGUUUAUUGGGGUGGACAUUGGGCUGUUCCAGCUGCAUCUGUAGGUGGAACAAAUGGUUUUAGUGCAGUUCAUUUUCCAUCUGUGGGUAGCUUUCUUGAUAUUGCUGAUGAUUAUGAUUAA